AUGGUGCCGCCGCCUGGACUGCCCCGGAGCCGACCCCCCUACGGCCCGAGGAGCAGCAACAGGGGCGCCCCGGCCGGACCGGCCGCUGCCAUCCGGAGGCUGCAGGGGACGCAGGCAGCUCGGCCCCGGACUCCGCUCCUCGGAAAGGCGGCGUCAGCGGAGAGAAAGGCGAGCAGCUGCCGCCGAACCCGCUCCCGGCUAACUCGCCGAGGGUCCCCGAGCCCCGGCCAGACCCCUAAAAAAGGCUCAGAGUCAAGUUCAAGUUCUGGCCGCAGCCGCUCGCGGGGCGCUCGGCAGCGACGCCGCCUCCCCCCUCGGCUCGGGCUCCGCGGGUCCGGUUGCAGCCCCAGGAGAGGGGGCCAGGCGGCCGCUGCCUCCCGCGGCGUCGGUACUACAGCAGAGGGAGGGAGAGAUGCGGACAGCCGGGGCAGCCGGGGCACCGGCACCUGGACGGGCGCUCGCUCCUCCACCGCCUUCGCCUUCGCUCGUUCGGGUAUCCGUCCUGCGGCAGGGCCCGCUCCUCCUUCUCCUCCUCCUCCCGGCGGCUUCACCGAGGUCACCGCCGCCGCCGCCGCCGCCCCUGCCUGGCUCCUGCAGCUUCGGCUUGAACUUCUCCCCCGUCCCUCUUUUCCUGCUCCCGGUGAGGGGUCCGGGAGGAAUCCUUCUCGGCUCCCCCUAUCAGCUCCACUGACAGCGAGGAGGGCUAAAGAGCGAGAGAAAGGGAAUAAGCAACACACUGUGCCCGUCCCGGCGGCGCCUCCUGCCGCCUCCGGAACCGCCGCGUGUGUGACACUACCGCAGCCAGAGCCCGCCUCCCCGCCGAGCCCCGCCUCCACGGGCGGGGAGGUUGGCCGCAAGCCCUCCUCAGCCUAG